UCGCGGCGCGCCCCCGCGGCGCGGCCCCGCUCGGGAGCGCGCUCCUGCCGCCCGCCCGUGCCCGUGCCCGCGCCCGCCGCCGCCGCAGCGCCGCUCCCUGCAGCGGGGAGCGUGGGGGGGAGGCCGGCGGCCGCCCGCUGCCACCGCCCCGAGCCCGGAGCCCGGAGCCCGGAGCCCCGCAGGCGCCUCAGGCCGCGCCGCCCCCCCGCAGAAAAUGAUGCACCCUGUCGCCAGCGGUAAUGCAGCUUUCUGUGGGACCGGCAAGAGCUCUUGCCUUAACGAAGACACCGUGAGGUCUGCCGAUCAGUUUGACUUGUACGCCACGCAGCAAAGCAAAUACGGCCACGCAGUCAGCCACAAACCGAUUGCAUGCCAGAGACAAGACCCGUUGAAUGAAUCACACCUGCAGACCACGAGCGGCAGGAAUAUAGAGACAAAAGACGAACUAAAGAAAAAGAAAAACCUCAACCGAUCCGGGAAACGUGGAAGGCCAUCAGGGACCACAAAAUCAGCAGGGUACCGAACCAGCACGGGUCGACCCCUGGGGACCACCAAAGCAGCUGGAUUUAAGACAAGUCCAGGCAGACCCUUGGGUACAACUAAAGCAGCAGGAUACAAAGUCAGCCCAGGCAGACCUCCAGGUAGCAUUAAAGCUCUAUCACGGCUUGCAAAUCUAAGUUAUACUUGUGGCAGUGCAGCUUUUCCCUAUCCUAUGGUGCAUAACAGAGGCUUACAUGCUGCUGGUGAAACUAGUGGCAAACUCAAACAGCCUAAUGAAUGAAAGGAAGGAAUUAGUAACUCCUUACUAAUCUGCUUUACUUUGGAUUUUGGCAUGUUUCUUGCAUUUUAUUGUAGCAUUUGCAUACGUUUGAGUUUCUAGAUUUUCUUCUUAUUCAAAUAAUGCCAUAGUGUAUGGGUGCAGUUCAGUAACUUUUAAAGCAAUGUUGAGAGGGCACUGGCAUAAAGGGUUUUUUGUUGUUUUUAAACCAUAAUUUAUUAGCAAGUCUCAACUGAUGCAUAUACCAUGGUGUCUCUGAGUAAUAUUCGUGUUCCUAGUUUUACAUUCAGUUUCUGGUAAAUCUAGUUUUGUGAUUAUGCGUUAAGUAAUUGAAAUGAGGAGGAUAGAAUUAGCUGGCUGUUGGCUCGUGAUGUGGCCUAUCUCACAAUAAGGAACUCAUCCAGAUGAGUUCUUACUUGAUAAAGAAAAUGCUUGGAACUGUUUAACUAGUAACAACUGCAAAAUUCUGAGUUCCUGUGUGUUUUUUAAAAGGAAGGAAUAGAAAGCAAACUAUGUUUUCCACUCCUGCAGGAGCUUCUACAGACCUCGAACAGAUACUUAUAAAACUUAUAAAAAAAAAAACAGACCAAAAAACAACCUUUUUUUUCAGUGUUGAUUUCAGGUGGCUUUUGUUUCUGGAGUUGUAGCAUUUAGUUGAUUUCAACUAAUGUUCCAAAAAUGUUUUUGAAAAGAUUAAAGAAAGCUGAAAGUUUGUGCAGCGCAUUACAGCUUCACAGCGCCUUAUUAAUACAAGCUCGUUUGCCUUUAGGUGAUAGCUGUUCUUUUUGUUAUGCUGAUACAUGAUUCUGCUAUGUAAUUUUGAAAUGCCUGAUAGUACAUACACCAAACCACAAAUAAUUCUUUAAAAUUUGAAAUAUUUUGUAAGAAAUUAAGUACUGUUCAUUCCAGUUACGCACUCGGUUAAUAUUAAACAGUACAUUCUUAAUCUGUAAAUAGCUAUUUACACUGUUUUUUGCCUUUAAAAUCUGUGCUUAGGUGGCGACAGUUUAAUAGCUUUUAAAGUAUUAAUCUAUAAUGUUUACAAAUUAAACUUUUUAAAUAGACACUGUUGCCAAGUUUUCAGACUUAGUUUUGCCAGAUAUUCCUGGAAAUACAGAUAUUUCAUUGUUUGACACUUAUACUAUAUUUAAGUUAUGGAAGGUUAUAUAUCUACCAAAGGACACCAUUUUCAUGAUUUAUAAAAGCAAACUGUAUAGCUGAUGCAAACAGGAUGCAGUUUACUGCACUGCUAGACCCCAGAUAUAAAGUACUUCAUAGGAAUUCAUCUAUGCAUGCAAGCUGAAAAAAAAUGUUGUUGGUUGACUAUAAAUACCUUUCUUGACUCAAACUAAAACCUUCCCUCCUUCCAAAAGAAAUGUUCCAUUUUUCAACUGGGUGUGUUUAAUUUUUUUUUUUUUUAAGUGUGAGAGAGAGUGUGUGUGUGUGUAACAUGUGCACAUACUUUAAUCUAGACUCAAAAAAAAAAAAAAAAAAAAACAGUCCUCAAUGUUGCAUAUUGUUUGUUCUAAAUUUAUUUUUACUGGAAUUAAAGUGUUUUUUUCACCUGGAAGAAAGUUUAUAUUUAAGUUGUUUGAAGUAAAAUGUGACUUUAUGAUAAAUUUGCAGCUUCAAAUAUCUGGGGUGGGAAUAUAUACAGCUUGGAAAUCUGGGGAGCAGAAGAAAAUGGGUUAAUUAGAGCUUGUGCUGAUUGAGUAAUAGUACUGAUAAUUUUUGUUAAUGUAAUUGCUAUUCUGGCCUGCUGUCAUUUUGAUGAGAACUCUUGAUUUCAGUGAUGACAACUUAAGAAACAGAUGUCAUGUUUCAUACCUUUUUUAUCAGGAAAAAAGCAGCAAGCCUUCAGGUGUUCCAGUGAUGCCUAACACAUAAUGAGCUGGACUUUAUGCUGUACUUUACAAUAGGUGUGUUGAAUUGUUUUUGGGGAACUGUGUAUGCACUGGCAACUAAGACAAUGAACCUCAACUGUACUGGAUGGCUCCUUAGUCGAUACACGAACUAAUGGCAGCUAAACUGCUACUAAAAUGGUUUCUUCAUGCUGAAGCUAUGAAAUCCAGUUACACGUUCUGUUCCUCAACAAACUCGCAAGCCUGAAAUUUAGCAAUCUUUCUCAGAACGAUGUCACUUCUGACACAUGCAAAAUGCUAACGUGAGUUAAUUCACCCUCAGGAUCCGUGCUGUAUUGGCUGUUUUUAAUCAUGAUUUUUCAACAAAAGACUGCUUUAAGUUCUUUCCUGAACUCAGCUGGGAAAGCAGUCCUCUUCAGCUGAAUGUAGUAACUACAGGAGUGUCACACCUCGCUGGCAAGGAACGUGUUGCAUGUCACCACUGUACCUUGGAGAAACUCCACUUCUUACCUCCUUCUGUUUAUCCCGUUUGCUCCUGUUUCAUUUCUCACUUGUGCAUCGACUCAAUGGUGCUGUGCUGUGUGUCAGGAGAUAAUGCAGAUGUAUUGCUGUUCUGCUAGUAUAAUGAAUUUUGUAUUCAAGUAUGCUGAUGAAAUAAUGAAAUCAUCUAAGCAAUUUCUGUUCAUUACAGUGUUUAUUAAUUAUAUCAGAUGAAAUAUAAUCCCGGUAAAAAAGCAAUUAACGUUGUCAAUUGUGAAAUGAUGAGCAUAAAGUAGGAAAGUGUUGGUGGAGUCUUUAAAGGGCUGCUUGGCACCCAAGCUUUAGCAAGGAGACCAGCAGUGUGCUGCUGGGCAUUGCCCAAUUCUGGUUUAUUUUACAUCUGACCAUAGCUUACUGGUGCCAUGCUGAGAGGGGAUGAAAAAAAAGAAGUAAGAGAUUCAAAGUGAAAAAGGAAUGGAAUUUUCAAAUACUUCUGCUUUGCCUAUGUAUAAUCUAGAGAAUACAUUGUGCUUUUUUUAAAAAAACAUUCUUCUUUCCACGAUAAACACUGAAGCAGCAUGUUAAUGCCUAAACUUUAUUAGUACCAGUGGGAAAACUGGCCUUUUCCCCCAUAGUAUGAAAACAUAACUUGUAAGGUAAAUUGCUUAUUUUAUAUGAUAUAUCAUAAUUCAGCUAUUCAUAAGCUAGGAUCACCGUUGUGUGUUAACACUGUUCAGAAGAUCGACAUGUCAAGUUUGUUUUUUAAUAAUUUCUUUUAAUUAUCAAGUUCCUAACGUCUUAUUUAUACAUAAAGGAAAUGUAUUCGCUUGCUAUUAUUCCUUACUGAUGCUAUACAAGUUCACUGUUUAAUAUACAUAUAGUAACUACUAUUCAGUUUCUGAUUAAAUUUACUUAAACUUAAACCAAAUAAUUUUGCUACUAUAAAGUCUUGCACUGGACAUAUUCAAGAUGCUAGCACCAUAUUUUGGCAGAAAUAAAACAGAUACCAUCAGAAGUGGCUAACUUUGAUAUUAAAUAUAGUAUUUUUAAAAUCAGCUGUUAGCCUUGUCACUAAGGCAAUGUUCUUUAUAUCUUGGAUUUAGUUUAGACUAUUCAGAAUAACUAUGUAUCGAGAGCCAUUAAAGAUCUCUGUUCCGAAUGAAUAUAUUUUCAUUUCGUCUGAAAGAACUUAAGAGUCAGGACAAAACCAAGCCUUGUCGGUGAAAAGUGAUGUGAAAAGAAUUACUUGGAACUACAAUACACAGAGUAAUUCAGAUGUGAAUUGAACUCCCUCCCCCAUUUUCGAAGAGCUUUAAAAGGCAGAGAGCAAUGUGAAGUCAUUUGUCUGAUGGCUUCAUUAGCUGUGACUCUGCCGUUCUUUGUUGUGUGUAUAAUAACGUUUCAUGCUAUCCCUAGAGUUGACAGUUAAAACAAUUGAUAAUAAUCGUAAAUACUUUGAACUGCAAACUUAAUUUCUGACCACAAAAGAAGUUUAUUCUUCUCUAUUUUAAUGCAUAUAUUUUAACACUGCUUAAAUAUAUUUAUGACUUUAGUAGAGACUAGACCUUUCUCCUUGUGAUUUUUUUUUUCCAAAUAGAUAAGUCUGUAUUCUGAAGUUUGAACCACUUUAUGAUAUUUUAAUCUUUCAUCAUUUGCUUUUCCACAGGUUUACUUUGGGGGAAACAGUAAUCUGUUAAAUAACUAGUAUCAGCACCCUGUCCUCUGCUGUAAAAAGCCUGAUUAGAUACUGUGUAUGUUUUUAUGUCCAUGAACUUGAGCUACUCGUGUGCAAUUAUGUGUAUGGGAAUGGAGUAGUGUUCAUGAUCUGUAUUUACAUCAUCAUAUGGAUGUAUAUUUAUUAAUAAAGUUAAUACUUUAAAACCUAA